GAGAGCAGGAUGCUGUGUGCGCGCGCGCUCGUUUCUGUGCGCGUGUGUAGGCUAUGCUCGGGGACACCUCAGUCCUCAUCAUGAGCGGUUCGGGCUCACGAGGAAGGCUUUUCUGAGGAGGUUGGUGUAGUAAGGCUGGCAGCGUGGAUUUAGUGCAGUUGAAUGCGUAACUUUGACUACAUCCGUGCGUCCUGUUCUUACGCUUUUUAUUCAUUUCUUUCCGCCGUUGCAGACGUUAGUGUGGCAACUGUGGAUAGGCACGCGGGAGUGGACUGCUGCCCACCAAGUCUGACUGUGUUUCGGAGGUGCUGAGGAGGAGAAGAACAUGUAAGAGUCCGCAGGCAUCCCCUCAGACCCUUUUCGGAUUCACAGCCAAAAUGCAGAAAGGGAUGAGACUCAAUGAUGGCCACAUCACCUAUCUGGCGCUUUUGGCGAAAAAGGACGGGACGAGGCGAGGUUGCCUGAGUAAGAAAAGCUCCGACAACACAAAAUGGCAUUCAAAGUGGUUCGCUUUGUUGCAGAAUAUGCUGUUUUAUUUCGAGAACGACUCCAGCUCACGCCCCUCCGGACUGUACCUGUUGGAGGGAUGUGUUUGUGACAGGGCACCGUCACCCAAACCGUCUCUGUCAGCGAAGGAAUGCUUAGAGAAGCAGUACUACUUUAUCGUCUCGUUUAAUCAUGACAACCAGAAGGCUUUGGAGCUGCGCACAGAGGACGUCAAGGAUUGUGAUGAAUGGGUGGCUGCCAUCACACAGGCCAGUUACAGGAACCUGGCUACAGAGCAUGAGAGCCUCAUGCAGAAGUAUCUCCAUCUAAUCCAAAUAGUGGAGACGGAGAAAACGGUUGCUAAGCAACUUCGACAACAGAUAGAGGAUGGGGAAAUCGAGAUAGAGCGGCUAAAAUCAGAGAUCGCUGGACUGCUCAAGGACAAUGAAAAGAUCCAGUCAAAUCCAGAGGUACCUCCCAGUGAGGAUGACACGGAGAUCAAGAAGAUUAAAAAGGUGCAGAGUUUUCUGCGCGGUUGGAUUUGCCGCAGGAAGUGGAAAACCAUCAUCCAGGACUACAUCCGUUCACCCCACGCUGAAAGCAUGAGGAAGAGGAACCAGGUGGUGUUCAGCAUGCUGGAGGCAGAAGCCGAAUACGUCCAGCAACUACACAUCUUGGUCAACAACUUCCUGCGGCCGCUCCGCAUGGCUGCCAGCUCCAAGAAGCCGCCCAUCACUCACGAUGAUGUCAGCAGCAUCUUCCUUAACAGUGAGACCAUCAUGUUCCUCCAUCAGAUCUUCUACCAGGGCCUGAAGGCCCGGAUAGCCAGCUGGCCGACACUAGUGCUGGCGGACCUGUUUGACAUCUUAUUGCCCAUGCUGAACAUCUACCAGGAGUUUGUGAGGAACCACCAGUACAGCCUGCAGAUCCUUGCGCACUGCAAACAGAACCGGGACUUUGACAAGCUGCUGAAACAGUACGAGGCCAAGCCCGACUGUGAGGAGAGGACGCUGGAGACCUUCCUCACGUACCCCAUGUUUCAGAUCCCUCGGUACAUCCUGACGCUGCAUGAGUUGCUGGCCCACACUCCCCAUGAACAUGUGGAGAGAAACAGUUUAGACUACGCCAAGUCAAAACUGGAGGAGCUUUCUAGAAUCAUGCAUGAUGAAGUGAGUGAGACGGAGAACAUCAGGAAGAACCUUGCUAUUGAGCGGAUGAUCGUGGAAGGUUGUGAAGUGCUGCUGGACACCAGUCAGACAUUUGUAAGGCAAGGUUCUCUGAUCCAGGUGCCGAUGAGCGAGAAAGGGAAGAUCACGAGAGGCCGACUGGGCUCUUUGUCUCUGAAGAAAGAAGGAGAGAGACAGUGUUUCCUCUUUUCCAAACAUCUCAUCAUCUGUACACGUGGCUCCGGGGGAAAACUUCACAUCACUAAGAAUGGAGUGGUUUCUCUCAUAGACUGCACACUGAUGGAGGAGGCAGAGGGGACAGAUGAUGAGUCCAAAGGAGAGCGGAGUGGCCAGGACACAGAGCACCUGGACUUUAAAGUGAUGGUGGAGCCCAAAGACGUCCAGCCCUACACUGUCAUCCUGGUGGCUUCAUCCCGACAGGAGAAGUCAGCGUGGACAAGUGACAUCAGUCAGUGCAUCGACAACAUUCGCUGCAAUGGCCUGAUGAUGAACGCCUUCGAGGAAAACAGUAAAGUCACUGUGCCACAGAUGAUUAAGUCGGACACCAGCUUGUACUGUGAUGAUGUCGACAUUCGCUUCAGCAAGAUGAUGAACUCCUGUAAGGUGCUACAGAUCCGCUACGCCAGCGUGGAGCGUUUGUUGGAGAGACUGACCGACUUGCGCUUCCUCUCCAUCGACUUCCUAAACACUUUCCUCCACUCCUACCGCGUCUUCACCAGCGCUGACGUAGUGCUGGACAAACUCAUCACCAUCUACAAGAAGCCGAUCAGUGCCAUCCCUGCACGUUCUUUGGAGCUUUUCUUUGCCAGCAGCCAGAACAACAAACUCCUCUACGGCGAGCCACCCACGUCACCGCGUGCCAGCCGCAAGUUCUCCUCCCCUCCUCCUCUCUCCAUCACCAAGUCGUCCUCACCCAACCGCCGUCGCAAGCUCUCGCUCAACAUCCCCAUCAUCACAGGGGGCAAAGCCCUAGACCUGGCUGCUCUCAGCUGUUCUCCCAAUGGCUAUGCAAGCAUGCACUCCACCAUGUCACCCUUCAGUAAGACCACCCUCGACAUUAACAAGCUCUAUGUGUCUAGCACCAUGGCCAGCAAAAUCCCCGAUGAGGGAGAGACCAAAGCCGAAGGCAAGGCUGAGGAGUCUGUGCUCAACAAGCAAGAUCUGUCUGUGAGAGAGGAAUGUGAUGAGGAUCCAAAUCAGAGUGAUGAAGCAGAAGCAGAAAUGUCUCCUCCCAAAUCACCAUCAACACCCAAGAAUGUCAAGUCAAAGAACUCUGAGUUUUCCCUGUUCUCCUUCAACAAUGGCAUGGUGGUGUCUUCUUGCCGGGAGCUGGACAAUAACCGCAGUGCCCUUUCUGCCGCCUCGGCCUUCGCCAUCGCCACAGCUGGUGCCAAUGAAGGCACACCCACCAAGGAGAAGUACCGUCGUAUGUCGCUGGCCAGCACAGGUUUUCCUACAGACCAGAGGAAUGGGGACAAAGAGUUUGUUAUCAGGAGAGCUGCCACAAACAGGGUCCUGAAUGUGUUGCGUCACUGGGUCUCCAAACACUCGCAGGACUUUGAGAUGAACACAGAGCUGAAGAUGCGAGUAAUUGGCUUCCUGGAGGAGGUGAUGCAUGACCCAGAGCUCCUGACACAGGAAAGAAAGGCAGCUGCCAACAUCAUCAGGACUCUCACUCAGGAGGACCCUGGAGACAACCAGGUCACACUGGAAGAGAUCACACAGAUGGCCAUGGAUGACUCUAAGACUGAGCCGUUUGAGAGCCACUCUGCCCUGGAGAUAGCUGAGCAACUCACACUGCUGGACCACCUGGUCUUCAAGGUCAUCCCAUACGAGGAGUUCUUUGGUCAAGGCUGGAUGAAGAACGACAAGAACGAGAGAACGCCCUACAUUAUGAAAACAACCAAGCAUUUCAACGAUAUCAGCAACAGGAUCGCCACAGAGAUCCUGCAGUGGGACGAUGUCAACAUGCGGGUGGCGGUGAUCGAGAAAUGGGUGGCGGUGGCUGACAUCUGCCGCUGCCUCCACAACUACAACGCCAUGCUGGAGAUCACAUCCUCGCUCAACCGCAGCUCCGUCUUCCGCCUCAAGAAGACCUGGCUUAAAGUGUCCAAGCAGACGAAGACUGUGAUUGACAAGUUACAGAAGCUGGUGUCAUCAGAGGGACGAUUUAAGAACCUGAGAGAAGCUCUGAAGAACUGUGACCCUCCCUGUGUUCCCUACCUGGGAAUGUACCUGACUGACUUGGCCUUCAUCGAGGAGGGAACACCCAACUACACCGAGGACAACCUGGUUAACUUCUCCAAGAUGAGAAUGAUAUCUCACAUUAUCAGAGAGAUACGGCAAUUUCAGCAAACGGCUUACAAGAUUGAUUAUCAACCAAAGGUUGCAAAGUACUUGCUGGACAGCAGUACAGCGCUGGACGAGGAGAGCCUGUAUGAUGCGUCUCUGAGAAUCGAGCCCAAAACUUCAUCAUGAAGAGGGUCUCUCACUCUCCCUCAACACCCAUAUGGAUCAAGUUUCAAGUUAUUUAUUGUCAUAUGCACAACAAUUGAAGAAAAGCAGUUGCUGGCGAUGAAAAUCUUAGAUCUCAGGCUCUCUCCAACAAAGCUCAUUCACUAUAUACACAAUCACACAAGUAAAAAACAAAUGGGAAUCUAAAAUAUAAAAUAGUGCAGAAGUUAAAAUAUAGGGAUAAAAUAUAACAUACAUAAAAUCUAAAAUAAAAUAAUAUAUAUUUGUGGUAGACAGUCAUUGCAAAAUGGGUGCAGGUGUAUGCAUAUGAAAAGUAAUAAAUAUACAGAGAUGUAAACAGGUGUAAAACAGUAAAAGUAUAUAAAGAUAAUAGGACAAUAGCAAUGAACUCAAAGGUUCAAAACUCCCCGAGCCUGAUUGCGUGGGACUGGGUACAGUGGUACCACGUGCAGCAGGCUGAACCGUUUGUGUUUGGGGUCCCUGAUUAUUCUGUCGGCCUUCUUCCUGCACCUCUGGGUGUUGAGGUCCUCUAAGGAUGGCAGCUCCGCCCUGAUGAUUUGCUGAGCAGUCUCUCAUCACCCUCUGUAACGCCUUACGGUUGAGGGCGGUGCAAUUGCCACACCAGGCCGUGACGCAGCCAGUGUUGUGGAGUGUACAGCAACAAUAUAUCAUAAUGUACAUAUACUAUUAUUUGUAUUAGACACAGUAGGCUGUGCCCUUCUAGUAUGUGCUCCCCAAUGGACUUUGUUGUGUAUAAUCGUUAUUAGAGACUGAGUAGAAGCCCAGAGAGGUUUUAUUUAUAUAGUUACAGAGUAUUUAUAUGUUAUUUAUCGUCUGAAAUACCAUUUUAUGAUAAAGUUAUUUUCAACCACAGAAUAAACAGAUGAGUGUAUACGGACAAGAUUAUUUAGUCAUAUCCUAUCGGGGAAUGUGCUGUAUAAAAAAGCUCUCAUUUAGAGAGAUGGUGGUCACAUUUGACACAUGAUGAUCAACUCCCACUUUUCUGCUCAGAUGUCGAAGGAGACGAGAACUGCACAUGAUUGCAGUUGUCAAGACCAUUUCUUCAGCGUAUUUGUUCACGAGUGUAGAAAUUAAAAAUGAAAAGUAAUGCAAAUAUUUGCUAAGUUGUGCAGUCCUUAAGAUUUCAGCCCUGGUUUAUUAAAAUCCAGCGCUGGAAUGACGGACUCUGCCAUUAACGUUGAAAACUACUAAUAAUUGGAUGUAAAUAUGUGGAAUUGCUAUUUGAGAAAAAAUGCAGACCAUAGAUUGUAUCAAAAAUGGGUGAUUUAAAAAGUAUUCAAACUUCAAGAUACUGAAUUAAGACACUUUUUUAAAGCUUUUCCUCUCAGAGAAAUAAAGGUGGUGAAAAGUGGGACUGCUGUUGUGGCUGCAGUUGAAUCAUGUGCUCAGAUGUUUUAUGUAGCCACUGAAUGACAAAGAUUAGAGAUGUGGAGGUGCUGGGACUCAAACUGAAACAAGACAACCUGCUAAUGUCUGACAGAGGUGGGACACACGUUUUCAGUUUGAAGAGAUGGGGUUUUUAUGCUUUGCUUCUUAUUCACUUUACUCCCCUGGUGGGCAACAUGUUGUAUAUACAGUAUAAGCACCGGGCAGUGUAUGUAGCAGAUGUAACCAAUCUUGAGCCACUUCAGGAAGUUAAAUUCCCAGCUUCUACACUCAGACAGUACGAGCAUAGUUUUUAUGGUUAAUCCUCUUUGGCCAGUGCAUUAUGGUUUUGCCUUAAUCAUGAAAUGGAUUAUAUACCACAAAAGUAUGUAAACUAUUUUGUUCUACGAUUUGCCAAUGAAGCAGAAAUAUUUGCUGUGUACAAUAUCGUGUACAGGCAGUCUGAUGCAUUUCCUAACGUGCAAUGUGUUAAAAACAUAUCCCUCGAAAUGUGUUAUCCUUAUGAUCGUUCAACUCUGUAAUAACUUUUCUGUGUAUGAUACUUUAAAGCAAAUGUUGAAAACAACUUAUAAGUGUAACACAUUCUGUAUCCUGUCUACUCCGGCGUGUUAGCAGGAACUAUACAGUAGUAAUAUUGUGCUUAUUCUUGGAAUAUUUAUAGGUAUUUUUUACAGGCUUUGUAUAGAAAAACACCUAAAGCUUAAGUGGCAGGCAUGUACCACUUUCACGUGUCAAAUCAAAUCUAUAUCUAGGACAGUAUGUGUACUGUAUUUAAACCCCACCCUUGCACAUGAAUCUUUACCCUCUAACAGGCACAUCAAAUGUUUGCAGUGAGCAAUACCCAGUGGUAUGAGAAUUAUCUUUCAGUCUAUUUCAACAGCUUGAGUAGUAUUUCCAGUUUUGUAUAAAAGUGUAUUCUUUCCUGAUUACCUCUUGUUAAUAAAUCUAUUCUUUCUCA